UGGUUGCAAACAGCAGCCUCCUUGGUAGUGUAUGUAGCCUAUUGUCUAUAUGGGUUACCUCAAGGGACCUUGGAAACAGUUUUCUGGCAGUUGAAUAAUCAAGUGUCUGAUCAUAAUUGCUGUCCCUGAUCUAGGCUCCAGACAGGUAUGCGUGGUGCCUUUGGGAAGCCCCAGGGUGCAGUAGCCAGGGUUCACAUUGGCCAAGUCAUCAUGUCUAUCCGAACCAAGUUGCAGAAUAAGGAACAUGUGAUUGAGGCUCUGUGCAGGGCCAAGUUCAAGUUCCCUGGCCGCCAGAAGAUCCACAUCUCAAAGAAGUGGGACUUCACCAAGUUUAAUGCAGAUGAACUUGAAGACAUGGUUGCCGAGAAGCGGCUCCUUCCUGAUGACUGUGGUGGCAAACAUAUCCCCAAUCGUGGUCCUCUGGACAAAUGGAGAGCCCUGCAUUCCUGAAGGCUUCCACAGUGCUCUCCUAUAUCCUAUCAAGUCAUGUUCAAAAGUAAAUCUCACAUCAAAUCUGA